AUGGAGAACUACCAAAAAAUCGAAAAGGUUGGCGAGGGCACGUACGGCGUCGUAUAUAAGGCGCGCGACCUCACGCCGGGCGCGAAUGGUCGCAUUGUGGCGCUCAAGAAAAUCCGCCUCGAGGCGGAGGACGAGGGUGUGCCAUCGACGGCGAUCCGCGAGAUCAGCCUGCUGAAGGAGCUGCGCGAUGAGAAUAUCGUGCGGCUGUACGAGAUCAUCCACCAGGAGUCGCGACUGUACUUGGUGUUCGAGUUCCUGGACCUGGAUCUGAAGAAGUACAUGGACAAUGUGGCGAACCAGCCCGAGGGACUGGGGCCGGAGAUCGUGAUGAAGUUUACGUACCAGCUUGUGCGUGGCAUCUACUUUUGCCAUGCGCACCGUAUAUUGCACCGCGACCUGAAGCCGCAGAACUUGCUGAUCGACAAGGAGGGCAAUCUAAAGCUGGCCGACUUUGGUCUCGCACGCGCGUUUGGUAUUCCCCUGCGCACGUACACUCACGAGGUCGUCACGCUCUGGUACCGCGCGCCCGAGGUCCUGCUCGGCUCGCGCCACUACAAUACGGCGAUCGACAUAUGGUCGGUCGGUUGUAUCUUUGCGGAAAUGGCUAUGCGCACGCCGCUCUUCCCCGGCGACUCGGAAAUUGACGAGAUCUUCCGCAUCUUCCGUACGCUCGGCACGCCGAACGACGAGACGUGGCCGGGUGUGCAGUCGCUGCCGGACUACAAGACGACCUUUCCGCAGUGGAGCGGCGUCCCGCUGAAGCAGGCGGUGCCGUCGCUCGACGACAACGGCAUUGACCUCCUGCGCCUCAUGCUCAUCUAUGACCCGGCAGCCCGGAUAAGCGGUACGUGGUCCUCGCUCACCCAGCCAAACGUGCGCUGCACCAUCCAUACUUUUCGAGUGUGA